CCGCUGGAUGUCAGGAUGCGCGUGGUUACCGUGGUCGUCCUGCUCUUCUUCUGUAAAGCCGCGGAACUGCGCAAGGCAAGCCCCAGAGGCCGAGCCAAUCAUGGCCGGGCCGGGGGCAGCCGGAGAGGCUCCAGCCCAGUCAAACGCUACGCACCGGGCCUCCCCUGCGAAGUCUACACGUAUCUCCACGAGAAAUACUUAGACUGUCAAGAGAGAAAACUAGUUUACGUGCUGCCCGACUGGCCUCAGGAUUUGCUGCACAUGCUGUUAGCGAGAAACAAGAUCCGCAUAUUGAAGAACAAGAUGUUUUCCAAGUUUAAAAGGCUGAAGAGCCUGGAUCUGCAACAGAACGAGAUCUCCAAAAUUGAGGGCGACGCUUUCUUUGGUUUAAAUAAACUGACUACUCUCCUCCUGCAGCACAACCAGAUCAAAGUCUUGACGGAGGAGGUGUUCAUUUACACGCCUCUCCUGAGCUACCUGCGUCUUUACGACAACCCCUGGCACUGUACUUGCGAGAUGGAAACGCUUAUUUCCAUGGUGCAGAUUCCAAGAAACCGGAAUCUGGGGAACUACGCCAAGUGCGAAAGCCCCCAAGAACUGAAAAACAAAAAACUGAGGCAGCUAAAACCUGAACAGUUAUGCAGCGAAGAAGAAAGCGAACGGUUAGACCCGAGACCCCAAGUGUCCGGGAGACCCCCAGUCAUCAAGCCUGAGGUGGAUUCUUCUCUUUGCUACAAUUACGUGUUUCCCAUCCAAACGCUGGACUGCAAACGGAAAGAGCUGAAGAAAGUUCCAAACAACAUCCCUCCAGAUAUUGUUAAACUUGACUUGUCAUACAAUAAAAUCAACCAACUUCGACCCAAGGAGUUUGAAGAUGUUCAUGAGCUAAAAAAAUUAAACCUCAGCAGCAAUGGCAUUGAAUUCAUAGAUCCUGCCGCCUUUUUAGGACUCACACAUUUAGAAGAGUUAGAUUUAUCCAACAACAGUCUACAAAACUUUGACUAUGGAGUACUAGAAGACUUGUAUUUUCUGAAACUCUUAUGGCUCCGAGAUAAUCCUUGGAGAUGUGACUACAAUAUCCACUACCUCUACUACUGGUUAAAGCAUCACUACAAUGUCCACUACAACGGCCUGGAAUGCAAAACGCCUGAAGAGUACAAAGGGUGGUUUGUGGGGAAAUAUAUUCGCACUUACUUUGAAGAAUGCCCCAAAGACAAGUUACCAGCGUACCCUGAAACAUUUGACCAGGAUACGGAAGAGGACGAAUGGGAAAGAAUACAUAGGGAUCACGCAGCAAAGAAGCAAAGCGUGAGGAUCACUAUACUGGGAUAACUGAGAAAUUGUUCUACUUCCAGCAAGUUCUGUAUUUGCUCCUCCGGUGUCAGAAAACCACAUGUUUACAUUGGGAUGAACUUUGUUGCCUGUUGACGCCGGGUUAUCCAGCUAAGGGAAGGUUCCCUUUAUUAGUAGGAGUAUUAUUAUUGAGAGAAUUCUAGCACUCAAGGGAAUACUUUGAUCCUGCUUGCCUGCCUACCUGCAGACCAGCUUUUGGUGAUGAUUCUGCACCAGUAAACUGCAGGAGUUGGGUCCUAAUGAUGGCAUUGGAAUUUCAUAAUGUCCUGUAUAAAUGUUUUCACUGCUUUUUGAAAAUAAAAAAAAAAAAAAACUUG